GAGGCACCAAUGGGGAUAGUGAAUGUCCCGAAAGUUCUCCAGGCUGGGAGUAUCGGGGAAUUCCUCCGAAGGAGGCCAAGAGAUCCCAUGCAUCAGCAAUCAGCAGUCGGUUCCCUUUCCCUCGCACAGUGGGAAGCCCAGUGGCAGGAGUUCCUCACGACAGUGGAAAACCCUCACUCUGGAUGGGGAAUUUCCCACUUGCCAGAGAAACCUUCACCCUGGGAUGAUCCCAAGGCCUUUCUGUCUUCUUUCGAGCAAGUGGCUGAAGCCUGCCGAUGGCCGAAGGAAGAGUGGGUGACUCGACUCCUGCCAGCCUUCAGUGGAGAUGCUGAGGAGGCCUUUCACAGAAUGGAUGUCAGAGAGGAUUAUGGGAAGGUGAAGGCAGCCAUCUUGCGAUGGGAUGCCCUGAGCCGGGAGAAACAGCGCCAACAAUUCCGGCAUUUCUGCUACCUGGAGGCUGAUGGGCCACAGGGGGCUUACAGUCGACUGCGGGAAAUAUGCCGUGGGUGGCUGAGAGUGGAGAAUCACAGCAAGGAGCAGAUCCUGGAGCUCUUGGUCCUGGAGCAACUGCUGAGCAUCCUGCCCUUGGAGAUCCAGAGCCGAGUGAGGGAAAGUGGCCCUCAGAACUGUUCCCAGGCAGUGGCUCUGGCCGAGGAGUUCCUCUUGAGGCAGGAGAAGCAGGUACCCUCGGAGGAGGCAGUCGGGAGUGUCUCUGAAGCAGACCGGGCUCCACCUGGGAGUGAGGAGAGGCAGCCCUUGAUGGCUGUCAAGGAAGAGGAGGAUGAAGAGCCCUUCCUGGUUGGUAAGGAGGGAGGGAGCAUUCUGGAGCCUGACAUAGGAUCCGCAUUACUGUCAGAUGAUGAUAUGAGGCAGAAUGAAAAUGACGAUGUUCUCCAGGUACUCUUGGAACAAUGGAAGAAUGAAGAUUUCGAAGGAAACUUUAGGAAACAAGACAGACAACAGAAGCAGGAGAGAAGCCACAGGGUGGAGAGGAAGGAGAACCCUAUUCUUGGCCAAGUACAUGACGUCCAGGAAAUCCCACUACGAGGAGGAAAGACUACCCAAAAGAGAAGGAACAGAGGCAUCAAUGCUGACCCGAGAAUCUACACAGGGGAAAAUCAAAAUGAAGUCAUGGAAUUUGGAAAGCGUAUCAGUCAGAGCGCGGACCUGAUUUCGCACCAACAAAUCCACGCCCUGGAAAAACCGUAUCGUUGCUCGGUGUGUGGAGAGAGCUUCAGUCGGAGAACGAUUCUGACUUCCCACCAAAGAAUGCACAUGAGGGAAGAGCCAAAAAACCCCGCAGAGUGUGAAAACAGGCACAGUGGAAAAUCACACCAUCCGAAGCAUCAGAUAAUCCACACAGAUAACCCGUAUCAGGGCUCGGAAGUUGAAAAGAACUUCAACCCCCUUACUGUGCAACAAAUAACACACACAGUGGAGAGGCGGUAUCAAUGCUUAGAGUGUGGGAACAGGUUUAGGAGAGCCUCACACCUUCAGCAGCAUCAGACUAUCCACACAGGGGAGAAACCACACCAGUGCUUAGAAUGUGGGAAGAAGUUUACUCGGGGAUCCUCUCUGCGACAGCAUCAGAGAAUCCACACAGGCGAGAAGCCUUACGAGUGCUCCGAGUGCGGGCAGAGAUUCUGCUUCAGUUCCCACCUUCAGCGGCAUCAGACGAUCCACACGAUGGAGAAACCGUACCAGUGCUCAGAGUGCGGGAAGGCCUUCUGUCACCGCGUCAGCCUCACGGUGCAUCAGAGAAUCCACACGGGGGAGAGACCGUACAAAUGCUCUGUGUGUGGAAAGAAAUUUAGCCAUUCGUCGUACUUGCUGAAGCACCGAAGAAUCCAUACAGGGGAGAAACCUUACGACUGUGCUGAGUGUGGAAAGAGAUUCAGUUUCAGGUCCCGCCUGCAACGGCAUCAACGGACCCACGUGCCAAAAACUGAAUAGCUGCUCGGUUUGCAGCCAGGGCUCUUUCAGGUUGAUCAAAA